AAAAACAUAUAACUUCAGGAUGUGGGAGCUCUUUCUCCCAAGAAGGAUUCCAAGAACAGCUCAGCUAUGUUCCGUAUGCCACCUAUGUACCCCUAAUUAAUCAUUAAUUUGUCUUUCACUUACUUGCCUCUGAGAGCUCCCAGUGUAGUUCAUCAAGACCAGAUAAUAAAUGGUACAAGUACUUCAUCAUGUCCUGUGCUGCUGCAUCCAGGCUUGCUGUAAAUUUAAUCUUUUCCUCUGCCGAUCUAACAGCUGGCAUCUGAUUUCUCUACGUGUGGGUAGUAAGUGCAUCCCUUACAGCGUAUGAGGCUAAGGAAAAAUGAGUCUGUGAAGGCCUGAAGAACAGAAUGGGAAAAUUUCCAGUUCAUCCCUGCUAACUGGUUAUUACUGUCCUGACAAGGAAUCCUCAAAUUGUUUUUUCUCAGUCCAGUCUCAGUUGAAAACACUAAAACACCUCCACAGAUGACACGGGUCCAAAUUUCCUUGCACCAGCAUGGACACCUAGUACUAAAGACUCAGAUCUGGAGUGUCUUCCAUUGACGUCAGUGAGAGUAGAAGUAGACUAAGAGGAAAUUAUCUGUUUCUCCGCUUUUUAAUGAUAGGCCAGCCCAGGGAAGUUCUGAAACACAGGAAACACAUAUGCAAUACAGAGAAGCAAAUUUUCACUUUUAUCUGUAACAUGAGUCAUCCUAGGAGAACAGACUGCCUUCCUCAGGGCUUUUGGUCAGAGAUUUUUCAGAUAAUGCAUCCAUAUAACAUCUGAAGUCAUAGAUUUGGGAUGAGGGCACAACUAAUGGCAAGCAGUAGUGAAUUUCUCCUGUAACAAGAAAGGGGCGGGAGGGGGAACCCAACCUUUUUUCCUCUUUCCCUUUUUUUCUUUUUACCAGUUAAUUUGCAUCUUUAUCAGUGGGGAGCUGUAAGUGUUUGGAAAAGAAUGAAAGCAAAUCAUGAAACUGUGCGAGUGAAGGAGUUUCCAUUUUCUUUUGGCCUCACAGGGCACCAGGGAAAGUGUGGGGGUGGCAGGGUGCUGCUGCAGACACUGUCGUGUCGAUGGGGCUGGGAGAGCGGCUCCAAGCGAGGUUCAUCCACCAGUGGGUUCCUCCCCUCCCACCACCCUGGCUUAGACAUACCACCUGCACUGCAUCCGCCCUGCCAGUACCCCCUAGGUUAGACAGGACCCUGGGCAAACACCCUCCUACAUUUUUCUUCCCUGCUGCCACAAGCAAUCUGUCACUCCUCCCCUCAAACCACCCUCCACCUACAUAUAAAACGGUAACUGUAAGGAACGCCCUCUUCCCUCCCCACGGGUCUGUUCUUUGUGGGUGAAAAAUGCUGUCUUCCUAGAGAUCAGGUCACCCCUGAAUUGGGCUUUGAGACCCAAGCUGUUCGAUACCUUUUAGGACCACAGCUUGGAAAGCUCGGCUUGCAGAUCUAUUGUGUUAGGUUUUAAUUUGCAUAUAAUUGCACAUGUGCAGGUGGGAAGGGGCUAUUUGCUUCCCACUUGCUUUAAUAUGCCUCCCUUCCUAAGAGGACCGCUUCCUUCUCUUCCUGCUCUCAGCCUCCCACGCAUCCAGCAAUGAGAAAUGCUGCAGAAAACUGACCAGCUACCAACCCGCCCACCUGAGGAGGAGGAGCACUAGCAGCAGCAGCACAUUUCUCUCUCAGCUUUUUAAACACAGUUAAAAAGAGCUGUAGCGUGGGUGGAAAUAGCUGUAGGGAGUGUGUGUGGGAAUGGGGCCAGGAAAGUGAAUUUUCUGUUGGUAAGAUGGUUAACUUCUGGUGGACCAGAAAAAUCCGCCAAGGUUAUCUAACUGCUGAGGGUGUCUUUGGGUGUCUAAUUAGUUCUCUAAGGUUGAGUUUCCCAGGUCUGGAAAGAAUGAAACUGAGUCUCUUUUUCCCUGGUAGUGCAAGUGAUGGUACAGUGGCAGCCAGCGCUCACUCGGAAGCUUGCCUGCAAGACUUCAGGAGUCUGCUUAGCAAAUGAUGCUUGUAUUGCAUCCCGUUGUGUCAUCAUGUCUCUUGUUCUGUGCACAGUGUAUGUGCUUGAUUCUGUGAGAGUCAGAGCUGCUUGUAUGUAGGAAGAGAAAAAGGCAUGUGGUUUUCACACAGUGUGGGUCUGUAUUUCAAAAUACCAUUCCUAUUGGACCUCUUGAAAUAGCACUGUCCCAGAAUAUCAGUUAAUUCAAGAUUUACUCUAAAUUUGUGCUUCUAUAAGAAAUUAAAUUCAAGUUUAUUUAUGUUAACAGGAUGUUAUUUGAGGUGCUUUGCUUGUAUUACAUGAAAAUAGCAGUCAAAAAGUACAGGAAAAUAGAACUUGUAAGACUAGUGGUAUAGAGCACAAAGUGGUACUGCUGUUUCUUAAGAAAUCUCUCUGGUAGACUCCAAGAACCAAGGGUGCAGAACAGCUUUCAGGUUCUGACUUGGUUUGACUUAGCUAUCUGGAAUACAGGUUUUACAAUAUGUAGUACUAAUCAAACCUGGCUUAACUUUGAGUUAGUUGCAUGCAUUCUUCUCAUCCAAAACAAUUUUACUACCCAUAAAUUUAUUUUGACUACAUUUUUCACCAACACCAGACUUCCCGUGUAUACAUACAUUACUGAUGCAGAAUCUUGUACCAGGAUGUGGUCUGUAAUGAUUCAAAGAGAUGCAAUAACAGCCAAUUAAUGAAACGUGACUCUUAAGGUAUAGGAGGUUUUUUAAAAAUACUGCAUGGGGCAUGUAAUUUUCUCCUAGUGAGCAGAAACCUUCAACCUGUUAUUUGAAUGAUUUUAGCCCUGUGAAGUAACUUUCUUCAUGGAAAAGGAGUGCACGCUGGAGUGCGAAAUCCUGUCACAAGGCAACUUACCUUCCAGCCCAGAAAUAGCAGUUUGCUGGACCCAUUUCACAGACCAGCACUGCACAGAUACAGUGCAGUAGGGAACUAGGCUUACUGACUUCAGUGCCUCCCUUCCCCUGCACAAGCCUGUCUCCAGUAGCUCUGCACAUUUUACCCUAGCGUUGGAAUGAAAAAUGUAGGCAUAAUUCCUUACACUGAUCAGCUCAGAAACAAAGGAAGUUAUGAAUAAGGCUAAUUAACACAUUUGCAUGUGACACAGAAAGAUCAGCUGAUGGACUUAUGUUAGCGAGAGCUAGAGCAGUAUCAAUGGAGAUGUAACCUUAAUGAAACUAAUUAUCCAGAUGUUUUAAAAGUCUUAUUUCUGAAUGUUGCUUAAUACUUUAAAUAUAUCCUUAUAAACUUCCACUGAAUUGUAUGUAACUCAUAAUUAUCAUCUACUGGAAUUACAUACCCACCUUGAGGAGGAACAAUAUUCCAAAUAGUAAGUUCAUGUCACUUGACUGAUUUACUGUAAAACAUUGCAGGAACUCCUUUGUCAGUAGCGUUUUGAAGCGCUAUUGGCCCGCUUGUAAUUCUGUCUCGCAUUUAGCAUUGGUUCAGUUAACUUUAAAGGUAGUGCUUUUCUUACCUUUUAUAUCAAUGAAUGUACAUCAGGUUUUAAAUGCAGAUUAUAUGCUUACCUUGCCAACUACUGUUAGCCUGAAAUUUUCCCUGUAUGUUCUAUUGUGGUGGAAUGAUACUUUUCAAGAAGCAGUUUUUUAAAAAAGAAAACAAAAAACAAAACAAAACAAAAAAACAAAAAACCCCCAAACAGUUAGAAUCAUUAAAAAUCUACUUUAGGAGCUCAGUCUUGUAUGUAAGAUUCCUGUUGGCUUCCCUGUUUUUUCUGUAGUUCAGCUGGAAUGUCACAUGCUUUGACUCAAACCAUCUGGUACCAAAUCUUUCCUUCUCAGGGGUCAUAGUGAAUGCCUUGUUACCUCAUUUUGUUCCAGUCAAAAUCACAGUGAAUUAAGCACAAAAGCAUUUGAUGGUAAUUAGUAGCUUUCUGACAGUCCAGGGAUUUGAUGAGUGCAGAGAACACCUCAGCUGUUUAUUUUAAGAAUUUGUUGCUCUAAAUUAAAGUGAGGCUCUUCAGCAGGGCAGUUUGGCUGACAGCGUGACAGUCAGUAUCUUAUUAAAUGGAUGUGUGUGUAUUCAAACCUUUCCACAUUACUCAUCUGACACCUCCCACAGCUAUUAAUUUUCGCUUGAAAAGGUCUACAUUUGAUUUUAAAAGUCAAUAUUAAGAAUAUUUUUCACAAUUUCUUUCUAUUGUAUUUAAUUCUGGCGUACAACUGAAACUGUUCAUAAAAUAAUGCCUUUGAAGAACAUUGCCUGGGGAAAGAUAUGUCAUUUAAUGCCAGAAAUGAUGCAAAGGACAGCAAAGCAGAUUAGAGAAUUUAAAAAUGAGGGGAAAAAUUAGGUCAGCAGAAUAAAUAGAGGCCUUUAAGCCAUUAAAAAAUAGGCAUAUAUCACUCAUUGCUGCAGAUAUAUUCUCUAAGUGUAAAUUACCAGCCUCCAAUAUAGGGCAAUUAUGAGCAAAUGCUAGCUUCAAUACAACUCAAUUUACCAGCUCUGUGUAUAAUGAUUAACCUAGUGGAAAAGAUGUGUAGCAAGUCAGAAGGGAAAGCAUUUGUUUGGUUUGUUGGGUUUUUUUUGAGAAAUGUGAUCAUCCUGGUUCAUAAACAAACAUUCAAUGGAAGUGACAGGGUCAAAGUACUUGGUUCCUAGAGCCCUCGUUCAGUGGAUAUCCGUUCCCAGGGACAUACUGCUCAGCGAAGUAAGGCAGUGGCAGCUGUGGCAGGGCACAAUAAAGAUCUUAGUUGAUCUCAAGGAAAUACAUGGUCUCUAGUAUCUUUACUUCCUCUCUGUAACCUCAGUCAUCUGUCUGCCCUGUGGAUUUCAUGGUGCCACUGGUUCUCCUGUCUGGAGCUGGACAGUCCCUCCUCUCUUGCUCACUCUCUGUUUCUGCGAGAACAAGCUGGCACAGAGGUUCAUGCAGCUAAGCAUAGUAUAUGGGAAUAUAUAAUUAUUUCAGAAAUAACAUGCAACUCAGUGUGAUUUAGUCAUACUUUGACACACCUCUGUCUGCCAAGAAAAAUGCAGGCACUACCUUGUAGAACUGUUGCUAAGAGCACUUCUUCAGGCUCUAGGAGUGAGAAGGUGCUUUAUUGUAUGGUUAGCUGCAGGGCUUAACAGCAGGGUUUCAAUCUGGGACCUGCCAAGAUAUUAAAGCACACAAAUCUGUUGCUUGAAUUAAAGGGUGUGCUUCUGCCUAGGAGACAUAGCACCAUGUAGAAUUAGCCUGGGACGUUGUUUCAUAAAUUUAAAAUACUUUGAAAAGUGAUUUUAUUGACAUUUGUAGCCUAAAAAAAAUUAAAGAUGAGAAAGUUCUGGCCAGCACCAAGUAGAAACAUCUUUUGUUUGGUUUAUAAUAGUUUACAAAUUUUGUAAGAAAGCAGAGACAUUAUGUUAAAAAAAAAAAUCAUUUUCAAUCUGAAGUGUUAGUGGAAACCUUUUUUUUCCCCAUGACUGAGUAGGAGAAUCAUGAAACACAUGUGGCCUGUGCAUUCCUUUUGCUGUACCACCACUUGCAUCCCUGUAGAUUUUUAAGCCUUUUGGAAAAUUCACCAUCGACUAGUUACUUCCUAGUAAGAGCUGAAUUUUGCAGGUACAGCUGGCUGACAUCUUAAUUACAAUAGCAACAUACGGUUUUCAACGUAGUCCAAGUAGUCAGAAGAGGCAGACCUUGAGAAAUAAGUUUGUAGCUUUUUCACUGUUCUGCUUUAGUUCUUUAAAGUUACUGUAAAGUAACUAACUUUUACCAUCUUGUUGUAAUACCAUUAACUUUAGAGAUGAAAUAGUAAGAUGCUAUACGCUGUUGAUAACAAAUAGCAUCUUGUCAUUGCAUAGAAGAUAGAUCCUAUUAUUGAGCUAAAGUGUAAGUGUAGUUUAUAUGUAUGUUUGCAGUGCACAUACUAGAAAAUACACAUAGCACAAUGACCCAGGAUUAUGGGAUCCAGAGGAAGAGGAUUCAGAUACCACGUGACUGGAAUUUCUGUGUUGCUUUAGAAAUCAACACACGGAAUAUAUUUUCCACUUCUUUAGGAAAGAAAAGAAAAGCUGUUCUGUAAACUGUUAUAAAUAGAUAUCCAAUCAGGAUAUCUUCUACAUAUGUUAGAAGGGAUGCAUGCUUUUUCUUUCUAAACAAAUAAUCUAACCACUGCUUCACACGCAAGCCUGUAAUGCUGCCAUUGAUCAGCUGUUACCCAGCUCUACAGAAGGAAGCGAGGAUUUAUAUUUUUUUUUAGCACAGGACAAACAAAUCCAUGCCAUAUUAAAAUGCGCUCACUUAGCCACACUUCUUUCCUCAGGAGUAUUUCAAUUGUCUUUUCUUCUGAGGAAAUUACCCACCUGUCUAAGAAUUUCCCACCUUCUCCACUUUUUAAGUAAAAAAAUCCCUAGUAUUUACAGAAGGAAAAAGCCCAAUAUUCUGUCAGGUCAUCCAGUACGCAGUUUCAGGAGGUUGUAGGGUAUUUGUACAAGCAGUCAACUCCCUGUUUCACAGUUGUUCAUCUGCUUCUAUUAGUUACUCAAAUAAACAGUCAUAAUGCUUGUAGGUAACAUAAUUAGUCACUACAAAAUGACUGCAACAACGAAUUGUGACUUUGUCACUGCAUAGUCACAACCAGAGGCAGACCUCUCAGGAAUAUGUGGAGUUAUUUCUAGGUGGUGAAGGAAAACAUCCACCCUGGAAGACAUCACUUUGUCUUAAAUACUUGGAAACUUUUUGCCAAAGAUUUCAGUGACCCACACUGUGUAACCUUCAGCUUUCUUGUCCAGGAAGGGGAACUGUUUGUAGAUCCGUGUUAUUCUUUCACACCUAUCUGACAUGUAGAAUGUGGGCAGUAUUUAGCUAUGUCAUAAAAAAAAAUAGAGCUCAGUCAUAUUUUUAAAGUGGUUCAGCUCAGUAAAUAGCUAAAUGAGAGUUCAGCCCCACAGAGUUGAAAUGGUAGUUCAGUUCACUUUCUGUCUCCGUUUCCCAGAUAGGCCUGAGUUAAUUAGUAGCCACCCUUCCCAUAUCCAUUUCCUCCUUUUGAGCCUUUUGUGUAUAAACCACAUAUAUUUGUUCAGCCACUGCUCUUGCCAGAUCACCCCCACCCAGCUCAGUCCAAAGGUUUACCCAUUUUGUCUAGCUAAUAAAGGUGAAGGUGGGUACUCUCAAGACAGGUUUUGUAAACCAAUUACUGGUUUCUGUUUUAGUGACACUGCAUUGACUUAAAUACAGAGAUACACAAGGUAGACAGGCGACCAGUGUGUCAUGUACACUUAUGUCCAUAUACGUUUUAAUUUUUGCCAGUGGAGAUUAUAAAUAACCCACUUUACCAGAGAAUUUUCAAGAUUAGAAGUCUUAAUUCUGAGGGUGCUGUCCGAAGGGUUUAUAGGCAUCACGAGGGCUGAUUUGCAAUUGUCCUCCAUAGUGUUCAGGGUAUUUAACUUUUUUAUUCCAUUACAACCUGAAUAACAAAAAAUCUUACAGUUCAGAGCUGAUGGUAUUUGCACACUUCAUAGUGGUAUUAUUCAGCACGCGUGCUACAAAGAAAGAAAAAACUGAGACCUGAGGCUUUGCUUAACAUUUCCCGCUGUUGCUGCUGUCAGUGGCCAAGGCUAUGGAAGACACAAGGAACAUCUGACUGCCGCUUUUCUGACUUAGAUAUGACUGAUGUCAAGAAGGUGCCCCCAGCUGCUGAUAGCUUGCUCUGGCUUCUCCUUCUGUCACACUUGCAUACUGAUGGACCUGCAUGAAGAGGAAAUGCUGCUGUUUUAAGUACAUUAGAAUGGCUGUGCAGAAUAAGAAAAAUGCCCUCCUAACUCAGGAUAUCUAUAAGCUCUAAGGUGAAGCAUGAGGGUUAGUAGAAUUGAUUACAUGGUGGCCUAGGGAACUCAAGGGUCCAUGAAACCAUCAGUGGCCCAGAGGUGAUCUGCAAAAACAGAUCUAGUGCUUGAAACAUUUAAUUAUAAGAAAGCAUGAUAUUUUUAAUAACUGAAGGGAAAACAAACAGUGGUACAAAAUGUGUGAGGACUAUUGAUUUAUUGUUGCUCUAAUCUCUUUUAAUUGUUUCCCAGAAGAUCACAGCUCUUAGAAACAAAAAGACAUAAAAGCAACCAUGCUGAGUCACACUGAAGGACUGUCUAGCCCAGGAUACCAUCUCCCAAAAAUGGCCUUGAAGGGCUGCAUGGGGAAAAGAACCUGGGGAUUUCUCUUCCAUGCAUUUGUCCAGCCUCCCCUGGAACCUGACAAACUUUUAGCAUCUGCAAUAUCUUUGCAAGCUUUGGACAUGUCUCCUACUAGCUUCGUUUGAUGUUCCUUAAUCCAUGCAGGAGAAGAAAGGUUUCCAGGUUUGGAAGAGAAACAUUGUUGGGGAGGAAUCCAAUGAAUUUUUUAAUGAUCUCGCUAAGGAACAAGUCACCGAGUCAACUGACACUACUGAGUCCUUUUCAAGCAAAAUCUACUACGGUUAUCAAUGUACAGUUGCAGCAGGAAAUGUCCUUGUGGCACCUCAGGAAGCAAGCAGAAAGAAGGGGAGUGAUCAGAGUGUGAAUCCUCAAAAACACAGCGCCAAGAAACAGUGUUACCGAAGGGAUGAUGCCAGCGGCUGCGGGAGGCACUACAGGGUAGCCCUACUUCCUUGAGAGUGCACCAGAUACUGGAUGCUUGUGGUAAACCAUGGCAGCUGAUGAUAAGGUUGCCAUUUUAACCGAUGAUGAAGAAGAACAGAAGAGAAAGUACGUUCUUGCUGAUCCUUUCAAUGGCAUUUCCAAGGAUCAAGACUUGCCACCCCAUAAUGAAUCCCCUUCAACGGAGACGACCGCUGUCCCAGAUGAAGAGCUGGACUGGUUAGAAAAGCACUGCGUCAAAAUAAACAAUGAUCUUCUGAUCUCAAAGGUUUUUUAUUUUUUCUUCUACUCUGCGUAUGGCUCGCUUUACCCCUUGCUGCCUGUGUAUUACAAGCAGCUGGGUAUGUCACCCAGUCAGAGUGGACUUCUGGUGGGCAUCAGGUACUUUAUUGAGUUUUGCAGUGCUCCCUUCUGGGGAGUGGUGGCAGACCGCUUUAAGAAAGGGAAGAUUGUCCUCCUGUUUUCGCUUUUAUGCUGGGUUUUAUUUAACCUGGGGAUCGGAUUUGUUAGACCAGCCACCUUAAGAUGCGUACCAAAGGGCCUUCCCCCAGCACAUCCCACCAAUGCAAGCAGCCUUUUAACAACAGUUACGCAAAACGCCUCGAUGUCUUCUCCGCUAACCGCAGUGAGCACUGCGUCCCCGAAACUUCGUGGGAAGAGGGGCCUGCUCACUUCCAGUCCAGUCACUUUGGAAGCGACGGGGACAGCUAAUCCUGAUAUAACGGUCCUGUUACCUACGCAGAGCAAUGAUGUAGGGUUUGUUUUGGAAAACAGCACCCAUUUUAUUUUGAAAAACACCACCACUAGCCCAGUCUCACCAGGGAACGUGACUCCGAGUACCACCCCAGCUGCCAUCACCACAAAGCCAACACCUUCUGACCAAGCUGUGCUCGUUUAUGAUCAACAAGAAGUAGAAGCCAUCUUUCUACUCAUUCUGCUGGUCGUCAUAAUAGGAGAAUUUUUCAGUGCUUCUUCUGUUACUAUUGUGGACACCGUCACCCUGCAGUACCUUGGCAAGCACCGGGACCGGUAUGGAUUGCAGCGUAUGUGGGGGUCUCUGGGCUGGGGGCUGGCCAUGCUCUCCGUGGGAAUUGGCAUUGACUAUACCCAUACAGAAGUUGGCAUUGAAGGUCAAGGAUGUAAAGCUCCCGAGUACAAGAACUACAGGAUAGUCUUCAUUGUUUUUGGUGUUCUGAUGACAAUGGCGUUAAUUGUGGCCACGCAGUUUCGAUUUCAUUAUGCGCACUUCAAGCAAGACGAAAAUAAGAGAAAAGAAGUAGAAAUCUCACAGGUGGACAGAAGCGCCUCCAAUGAAUCCUCUGAUAACACUCCUACCAGCAUGAGCCAGUCUUUCAGUUUUUGGGACCUAAUAAAACUGCUGUGUAGCAUCCAGUACGGCUCGGUGCUCUUUGUGGCGUGGUUCAUGGGCUUUGGAUAUGGCUUUGUGUUCACCUUUCUUUACUGGCACUUGGAAGACCUGAAUGGCACCACCACUCUCUUUGGAGUUUGUUCUGUGCUCAGUCACGUGUCAGAGCUGACUGCCUACUUCUUCAGCCACAAACUGAUUGAACUGGUUGGCCAUAUCAGAGUGCUUUAUAUUGGUCUUGCCUGUAAUACAGCUCGGUACAUUUAUAUCUCGUAUCUGGAAAACGCCUGGACUGUUCUUCCGAUGGAGGUACUUCAAGGUGUCACGCAUGCGGCUAUAUGGGCGGCUUGUAUUUCGUACCUGAGUGCAGCAGUGCCUCCGGAGCUGAGAACGUCAGCCCAGGGAAUCCUGCAGGGUCUCCACUUGGGUCUGGGCAGAGGAUGCGGGGCGAUGGUUGGAGGGGUUUUGGUCAAUUACUUCGGUCCUGCUGCCACAUUCAGAGGAAUAGGAAUGGCUUGUUUAGUGAUUCUUCUUCUAUUUGCACUGAUCCAGUGGCUGUUAGUUCCUGGUGAAGAAGAAGAAAAGACAAUGCUGGCGGAAAGGAUCCCAGUGCCUUCCAGUCCCGUUCCCAUAGCAACUAUUGACCUGGUACAACAGCAAUCAGAAGAUAUCAUGCCUCGGACUGAGCCCAGACUCCCUCUAAAGAAAACUAAACACCAAGAAGAGCAAGAGGAUGUGAACAAGCCUGCCUGGGGCAUCAGCUCGUCUCCUUGGGUCACCUUAGCUUACGCUGUCUACCAGAUAAAAGAGAUGGUUAAACUAUCCAAAACCAAUCCAGCUCCCGAGAAUCAGCCUUUGCAGAAAAUCAAUGAGAAUUGCAGUGCUUCAUCAGCCAGCUCAGCAAGACAACCCCAAAAUCCGACAGAUUCUGGGCAGUCCAGAAAUUGUUCAGCACCAACACCUACAGCAACAUCAGAUUCCCAAGUAGAUGGUGGCCGCGUUGUGUCAGAUCAUGAUGCUCAGCCUGCUGCUGCAGGGCCCUGAGAUGCGCUCAUCUUAUCAAAUCCAGUGCAUGGAAUUCUGCUUCUCACCUGGGAAACGCUGGAGUAGGAGCUCAAAAGUAGGACUUCCUUCAUCUUAACGAUCAUAAUGUGAUGCAGUGCAAGCUUUUAACUAUAUAAAGAGUAUUCAUAUGACUACACAGAGCCACAUGAGCAGGGAAGCCAAAAGUUCGGGAUUCUUGAGGGAAUUGAUGUGGCCAGAUCUAGCGGUAGGAAGAAUUCUUGGCUACUUUGCUAAAGCUGAGGCAAGUGCUAUGAGAUUCCUCUGCAGUCUGUAGAAGGGAGUUCACUCCUCGCUUGUUGAGGCACAGAGUGUCUGGCUUCAUUGGGUAAUUUUCUUUGAAUUUGUUCCCAAGACAAAAAGAAAAGACUUUUUAGGAGAGAAACCUGAGUUUCCCUGCAUAGUCUGUUAGAAAAUAUCAGACCCAAUAAACAUAGGAACAGCAUGAAAACUGUAAAGAUUUCUCAGAGAGUAGCUUUAGGAAGCGUAUCUUCAUAUUACGGUGAUGGAGUAAGUGAACUGCACACGUAUUCAAAGAAUAUGUUUUUGAAGCUAACGUUAUCUUGUUUGAGAUAAAGGUCUACUUCUGCCAAGCAAAGAUUUUUGAACUGGCAUUUUAGUGAAAUGGAAAAGUGGGAGGAAGGCUUCUGAAGAAGUUAACCUCUGCGCUUGCAGCCCUCCAGUUGGGCGUAGGUUGUGUGCGUUCGGGUAAUUUAGGUUUGAUGCUGUACUGAGAUGAGAAUCUUUGGUCAGGGUUGCACAGCCUGAGACUGAUCAAGGGUUUCGGUGGACACGCUUUUUUUUUUUUUGUUAUUAUUUCGUCAUCUAUACAAUGGUUUAUUUAAUGCAGUGUAGUUACUGUGGUUAUUUAUUAAGAAAACAGUAAGCUUUAAGUGCCUAGGGAAGGUGGGGGUACGGAGGAAUUGCCUAAAAAUCUUAGUGAUUAGGUUUAUGGGGGCAAAGUCGUCGAUGCAGAAAUCAAGCAGAGUGAGAGUUUCUCAGGAGGAAGCAAACAUAACUAAAUUGCAGCACGUUUAGGAAAUUACUUUGCCCAGUGCCAGGACACUGGAAGACCCUGUGUUACGUUUUGUUACGCUUUUCAAUAUUAACUGCAGCCAGCUCGCGUGCUGGUGCACAGUGACGAUUGCUGCUGGAGGGAAAUCCUGGGGCUCAGGGAGGACUCGGGGGGGUUCAGUCAGGACAGCGUUUUGGCGCGUUUGCUUACAUGAACAGCUUGUUCCUGGGAGAUCCGGAGCGCUCAGCUUCUACGGGACCGAGUAUCGCUUGGCCCUCCUCAAAGGCAGAGGUGUGCGAUGCGUCGGGCCUUCCGCGGGGAAGGCGCGCGGUGGGACGGUACAGCGACCCAGGGGCAAGCCCCAGAGGAGCGCGGGCUUGGGGGAGAGGGGGUGGCAGCAGCUGAGGAGGACAGGGGGCGCGCAGGUUAACCCGCUUUGGCAUCCAGCUAGCUUGACUGAAGGGGUGGCUGUGCUUUAGCUGUGCUUUUAGAGCAACCCAUGUUCCGGUGGUGCCUGGGACCAACACCAUAGACAAUAACGAGAAACAUCGAUGACUAGCCACUAGUUACUUUUUUUGCACUUGAACUUAAAUGUACUGUACUCACGUAAAUCCUCAUGACUCGUCUAAGUGUCCUUUAAAAUCAGAGAUGUAUUUAUUGUAUGUUUGUAUAACUUGGGGGAAAACCGAAGGCUGAACAGGUGACGGGAAGGAAGGAGGCUAAAACCCAUCUCGAGGCAAACCACCCAUCUGUGGAGCUCACGCCGGACGGCGUUACCUCGGCUGCUGCUGCAUAGCGCCUGGAUUGUGAGGUGAAGAGCUUGUACACUGUGUUUACACUUCAGAGUUGUGUGUUUGAGAUGCCUGCUCUUUUUGGAAAUGUAUAGUCAUUCUGUGUUGCGAAUUGGACGUGUACACCUGGGUUUUGAUAUUUGUGAAACUGUAAAAACUGUGGUAAGAAAUACAAAAUAUCCGUAAUGUA